AUGCAGCUGCUUUACAGUUUUACAUUGUUUUUGCUAAUAGCUGGAGCUGAUGCCGGUUUCCUUGAUUUCAUAUCAAAACUCGUUGGAGGUGGAGGCAGCAGUAGCAGCAGUAGCUCAUCGCCCUCUAUGAAACUGACGGCUGUAUCCGAUGAAAAGGCCAAGAGAUAUUUGCAAGAUUUUGGCUACAUCACACCAAGCAACAGUCUGAGCGCGUCUCCAGGGAUGUCAAUUGACUUUAGUGAUGCUACAAGUCUAUUCAAGAAAGCCCUUUUAAAGUUUCAAGAAUUUGCCGGACUGAAGCCUACAGGAGUUUUGGAUUUGGAUACCAAAAAAAAGAUGGCCGAGCCGCGUUGCGGUGUGACGGACGUUCUGGCAGUGACCAGGGGCGGAUCGGCCUUCAAGUGGCGGAAAAGACGUUUAACUUACUCGAUCGAGAACUUCUCAUCGGAUCUUCCAAAAGAUGACACCAGGCGAGCUAUUCGUGAGAGUUAUGAAACGUGGGCCGCCGUAACGCAGCUCGAUUUCGAAGAGGUUCCAGCCGGCAGUGGAUCUGAUAUUAAGGCAGGAGGUGUUUUGGCUCAUGCGACUAUGCCGGAGAAUGGAGCUCUGCAUUUCGAUGACGACGAGAAUUGGACCUACAUGGAUGCAAGGAAAAUCUACAGUGGUGACUACACUGAUAUCUUAGCUGUGGCUAUCCAUGAAGCCGGACACACACUUGGUUUGUCACAUUCGCGUGAUGAAAGCUCGAUUAUGGCACCAUUCUACCAUGAAACGGUUGGAACAUUUUAA